CAAAGAAACGCUGAACUAGUCUUUUUUGCCUGCGUUUUCCAGGACAAUUCAAAAUUACACUUCUUUAAAUAUGCAUGAUUAGUUUGCCUUUUUUGUCUAUUAAAGGCAUUUUUCAGUGCGUUUGUGGGAAAGAACAGACAGGACCUAACAUCUUCUAACAAAAGUAAGUUGCUAGUUGAACAGACUUCUCAGAGUCGACUCCCAGCCCUUAGCGCUAACACGGGAUUUCCUGUGCGCAGCUCUGCAUCGCUGACUGAGAGAAAUUGAAGAGAAAGUUAAAUUCUCUGCACAGCGCAGUCAACUGUGAAUGUAACAAUGUCUCAGGCUGACAAGAUAGAAAGCACUGAUACGUUGCCACCCGGAGAACCAAGCACAAGUAACGGUGGAAAUUCUUCAACAAAGCUGGAAGAUGAGACUAAAAAUGAACUUGAGCUGGCGGCAGUUUAUGUGUCCGAUGCCCAGUACAACAGGAACAUCUUCUUUGACACAUCGCCUCAGGGUGUCAGGUUGUACAUGCUCUACAAUCACUGGGGCAUGAAGGUGCUGUUGUACACCUUCAUUAUUGUGAACCUGGCUCUAGCCUUGUUUGAAGAUCCAGCACUCAUCCCUCUGCCCAUAUGGGCGACAUUGGUGGCGGAGUUAAUAUGCCUGACAGUCUUCACAGCUCGGCUCAUUCAUUAUGCCAAAGUCAUCCCACAUCAGAAAUUCUGGAAGGAUCCCAAGAACAUCUGCAUUAUUGUCAUCAUAUUACUGACUCUAGUGGACAUGAUAAUAUAUGGGUCUAUGAAGGCAGCAGGCUACUAUGGCGUACGAUGGUCAAGGGUCCUGCGACCUCUGUUCCUGGUCAAUGUUACAGAAGGCCGCCAGCUUCGACGGGCAUUCAGAAGUAUCAGGAAUGCUUUGCCCCAAAUCCUCUACGUCUUCCUCCUGUUUAUAUUCACCGUGCUAAUGUUUUCGCUCAUGGCACUCAAGCUAUUUGGAAAAAGGGGUCUUGUAACCAAUGAAGGAAGGCAGUAUUUCACAGACUACCUGGAGAUUGUCUUUGAGCUUUAUGUAUUAGUGACCACUGCUAAUAGCCCAGAUGUCAUGAUGCCAGCCUACAAUGCCAGCUUUGUCUUUGCUGUUUUCUUCAUCGUAUAUAUUCUUAUAAACACAUACAUAUUCAUGUCUGUGUUCCUUGCUGUGGUCUACAACAACUACAAGAAAUACCUUAAGGAAGAAGUGAGGCAGCUGGUGAGAGCCAAGCGGUACAAGAUGGUGCGGGCAUUCCGGGUGCUGCAGGAGACUUGGGGAGGGGAACCUGGGAUCACACAAGCCCGCUGGAACCAACUGGUGCGCAUGGUGCAACCCGGCCUCAGUAACUCCCACCGGGAGCUCCUAUGGUGUGUCUCCGAUGUGGACAAAAAAGGGUACAUAGGGAAAAUGGCAUUCAUCCAGCUGGCUGACCUCCUCAACAUCCAGGUUAUCACAGUAAAGUCACGGACCCACCCACUGCAGAACUGGCUGCCUGGGCUAUACAACUCUGCAGCCAGCAGGUUCAUUUGCCGUAUGGUCCUGCACAAGGCCUUUGUUUAUGCUUACGAUAUCAUUAUUGUGGUGAAUGCGGUUUUCAUUGGGCUCGAUGAGGAGAACUCGCUGAUCUCCAACGUGGAGUGGGUCUUCCUGGGACUGUACAUGCUGGAGAUCCUGUUGAAGCUGUACACCUUUGAGCCACGGGCCUUUUUCGCCAAGCACCAGUUCUGGAACUGGUUUGACACCAUCAUCGUUGUUUCCGCUUUGAUUGCUACCAUAACCAAUUCUGCGCUGAGGUCAUCUGGUGGCUACUCCAGCCGUGAGAUCCUGGACAUCAUCUUCAUCCUGCGAGUCCUGAGGCUGAUACGGAUUGUAGACAGUAUAGAAAGAUUCCGGACCAUCCUUAACACUCUUAUCAAAAUUGGGCCAGCAAUUCUCACAUUUGGCCAGCUAAUUAUUGUGGUGUAUUACAUAUUUGCCAUGGUGGGAAUGGAACUCUUCAAGGGUAAAGUGACAUUUUAUGCGACCAAUUCCACAAACUCUGAGCAUCGGGACUGUGGAAAUCCCCUCCUGAAAGGCACUGACUUUGCCAAACUCAACUACUGCAAGAACAACUUCAAUGACAUUGUGUCCUCUUUCAUCCUCCUUUUGGAGCUCACAGUGGUCAACCAGUGGCAUGUCCUGUCCAGCGGUUUUGCCACAGUCACCCAUGUAUCAGCGCGGAUCUUCUUUGUUCUGUUUCAUAUUGUAGUGGUCAUCGUCAUCAUAAACAUUUUUGUAGCGUUUGUGCUGGAAGCGUUCUUCGUGGAGUAUACAGUUGCCAAGAGUGAUUUACAGUCAUCACUGGAGAAGAAAAUUGAGGAACUGGAACUGGGUGUUGAUCAAGACAGGCUGGAGAACAGCUUGAUAGACGGCAUGGAGACGCAGGACAAUGACUUGGGCCCAUCAGAAACCACUAAGGGAAAACCCUCACUUAUGUUUAGAAUUGCCUCAAGAAGAUACAAAACUGUGGAUGGAUUGCUACAGAAGAUAUUUGAGGCAGAUCUAAGCCCAGAGGACAAUGCAGAUGAUGAGGAUCCAGACAGCCCAUUGAAUCCAGACCGCAAUAUCCCAAAUCCAGUAUAUGACUUAAUGUAACUGCCAUGAAAGGGAAUGCACAGUUGCUUUAAUUGAUCUUCAUACAUAUAAGCAAUGUAAACAGAUCAUUUUCAGGAACUGUGCAGUUUAUAUUAAGUGACCAGAAGAUGAACUUCUUCAUGGUGGUAUUUAGCAUGUAUACAUUCUUAAUAGUGAUUUGUAUCUUGCUUUUGCAUAUAUACCUCUGUGAAAACGAUUUCCUCAGUUUUUUCCCCAGAAAGGAGUUCUGAAGUACCUCUUGCCUUUUGUGAUAAGUUAUUAAGUGGCAGGUAAAGUAUAGCAAAAUAAUUGUGUUUAAGAGUUGAAUGUCCUUAAGCCUUUCCAUGUGGCUGUAGCAAAACAUAAAGGGAAGUCUGCUUGUCUUACAAAGAAAAAUAGCACCAUGUUACAGAUGAUGUAAAUAGGCUUUGGAAAUGCUGCUAAAUAAA